AUGGUUGCAUUUCAAUUAUUCGGCCGCUAUAGGAACAAAGCUGCCAUUGCAAAUGCCCCGGACAUUUACGAUAACCUGAUGCAACAGUCUUGCAAGAUCCCCAGCAUACUGGGUCAAAUCUUCAAACAACUAGCCAAUGUAGCGUUUUCCAAUAAUCAAGAGCUCAUGAAAGAAUACGGCAUUCCUUCAAUUGGCCACCUAUCCUUUGGAAAGCCAAUCAAUGAUGAUGAUUGUGCCCCCAAUCUCACUUUCACCACCAAUCAAUUCUGGAAUCCGCCACACUGUGACCCAGAAGACCUUUCGGAAUUUGCUUUUGGCAUGUUUAUUCCAGUUAACCGGACAGAUUUCUCAAUUGGUGGCGUGACCAGUCCAUCGACAUUAAGUGGUGGUCAAUUUCACAAUGGCUUUGUCAAGCUCGUGUGGAGGUCAAAAGAAGUCCGACAUUGUACUCUGUUCUCGACAAAUGAUGAAAUGUUUGACCAACUUGGAAUGUCACUAAAGAUCAACAAGAAGACGGCCACAGCUUCCCGAGACACUCACAGCGGUGCAAUUUUCAACCAACGUGCUUUCAGAGACAAGCCUCGCGAAAUGUGUUACAUUGGCAAUCAUGAAACUUAUGUUAAAGGUGAAAGAUAA